AUGUCCCUCUAUGACCAUGCCCCCCAUGACCACAUCCCUCCAUGGCCACCUCCUCCACGCCUCCAGCCGUGCCAUCCCACAUCCCCGAGGCCACGUCCCUCACGCAUCCCCUUGUCCCCAAGCCAUAUCCAGGUGCGGGCGGGGUCCCACAGCUUGGAGACCCUGACAGGACAGGAGCAGUACGCAGUGGCCACGAAGGUGGUGGUCCACCCCGGCUUCAGCGACCAGGAGAUGGACGGCAGCUACGCCGACGACCUCAUGCUGCUGCGCCUUGAGCCCGCCCUGACCAUCACGAGCUACGUCCAGCCCCUGGCCCUGCCCAGCGCGCCCCCGGCCCCCGGCACCAACUGCACCGUCAUGGGCUGGGGGACCACCACCAGCCCCGAGGUGACCUACCCUGACACCCCCCAGUGCGUGAACGUCACCGUGGUGAGUGACAGCCGGUGCCAGGAGAUCUACGGCAGCAAAAUCACCGAGGACAUGCUGUGCGCCGGCGUGGCCGCGGGGGGCAAGGACUCCUGCCAGGGUGACUCGGGGGGACCCCUCAUAUGCAAUGGGGUGCUGCAAGGCAUCGUCUCCUGGGGUGACCACCCCUGUGGGCAGGCGGGGAGGCCAGGGGUCUACAGCCGGGUCUACAACUACCUUGACUGGAUCCGGGAGACCAUGGCGGAGAACUGA